AUGUCUCAACCUACGAGGAACCCUCCCACGGACAUAUCGAUCUGGGAACAAGCUUAUCACGAUGCAUGGCGGCACUUUCAAGCUAGCAUCUUGAACGUGUUGGACAGACUAGCCUGGCGCAGUUCCUCUCCCGAAUAUCGCCAAACGACCAUUGACCAGUUAGGCCGGCUUCCAAUUGAGGUGGACAAUAUCCGAAGCACGGGACAAGUCAUGUUUGAACAUGUUCCAGGCUGUCGGACGGUGCGAGGGCAUCAUCUGACUUACUUCGUCGUCGAUUUCGUCCGCGACUGUCUUAAUCUAGACUUCAGGCUGAAUAUGCUGUCAUGGAAACUCAUCAAUCGUCCGGAUGAGGACAGAACAGUCUACAAUCGUCUUCUCAUGAUACUGGAAUCCAUCAAAGAUCGGAUUCCCGAUUGA